UUCUCCUUGUGAACGUGUUUGUGUUUAUUGCUUCGAAAAGAGCAUUGAUUUAUAAUUCAUCAUAGAAUAAACAAAACGAGUCAAGUGUCAGAUUAGAUACCCAACAUAUUGUGGUCCAAGAAAUCGUCGAAGAAACGAUAUCAUGUGCACAUGUCAGUCUACAUAUUACAUUGUUUGAUUUUCAUAGUUUGAAAUAUCCAGCAGAUACCUGGUACAUCGUGACGUCUAACAAAUUAGUCUGAAUCAACACGAGCUCAUUCAAUCGAUUAAUUCUUUUGUUGAGAUAUAUAUUUAUUAUGAUAUUUUAGGAAGUUCCCACACCUCUUUUGUUGGUUGACAUUACUGCGGAGAUUAUUUUCGAAUAGAUCAUAAUUGUGUUUAUAUUGGUUCCCCGGACUAUCUCAAAAAUGCCUCAGCCCGUUUUCACUCGACAGAGAAUAACCAAGAUUUUAACGUUUGUGUUUUCGAUCUGACUGGUAGAUGAUCGUUUUGAAAAUUCUGAAAUGUUAUUACUUUUUAUUGCUGGACUGUCCAGCAUUUAUGUCAUUUACGAUUGUCUUUUGAGAAGUUGUAUGUUUUCAAAUAAUAACGAAAGUGCUAAAAUUCGAAAUAAACCAAAACGGACCGAAAUAGAAUGUCGUGAUGAGAGAAACGUUAGCACUGAUGACAACUGUUCAAUAUGUAUGGAUGGUUUGAGUAGACUAGUAUUGAUAACAGAAUGUAAACAUGAAUUCCACUAUGCUUGCAUCACUGACUGGAUCAAAAUAAAUAAUACUUGCCCUUGCUGCAGGAGAGAAGAUUUUAUGUGAACUGUUUUACGAGUGCCUCUACUAUGAAAAAGAUGAAAUAUUUUUCACUCUCGUAAAAUGAAGAAUUUUCUAGCCUAGUUAUAUAAAAAAAACAACAUAAACAAGUGAUUGAUAAUAGUUCUAGGUUUUAUUCAUUUUCAAUUUUCUAUAAGAAAAUGUGAAGUGCUAGUGAUAAAUUAGACCAGAUUGGUUUUGAAAUAGAUUAUAUAUCUUUAUGUUAAGAUGACACACAAAAAAUAUAUUCCCCAAAAUAUCUAUUUCGAACUCACUGAAAACAAACCAUUCAUUGUCAUGAAACAGCCAAGUGUAUAAUUAUAUCUUGCUUCUUUUCCUUCAAAUACGUCAUUUGAUUUUAAGGUGUUUUAUCUUUGUGACAAAAGUGUCAUUUAUCCAAAAAACAAGUCGAUGUUUUAAAUGCGGAGAUUGACCUGAAAGAUGUAUUUAGGAAAUAAAUAAUACAAAAAU